AUGGCAUUUGUUGCCCUCAAACUCCUCCGCCUGGGCUACUCGCAAGCCAAGAAACACAACUCCAAGAACCAACAAUCCCAGUCUCAGGACCAGCAACCGCCUGCUCCUUACCCGAACUACCAGUACGCAAUGCCAGACUACUACCCCGGCGGCUACCCACCAGGCGUCGCCCCCGGCGGAACAUACCAGUACCCCAUGGCACAGCCACCAAUGGCACCGGCACCAGCGCCAGCGGCGGCGGCAGCACCACCACCAGCAGGCAAAGGCUCCAAGCUAGUCUCAAUGUUCAUGUCCGCAACGCGCUUCCUGCAGUUCGUCUUCGGACUGACCGUCAUCGGACUUUACGGCCAAGACGUGUCCUAUGACCAUCAAACCCUUCACACCUGGAACGCGAAUUGGGUGUUUGCCGUCGUGACAGCCUUCCUAGCGACGAUGACGACACUCGCGCACUUCGUGCUACCGUGCUGCCUGCGCCGUAUCAAGAGCAAUACGAAGCCGGGGUUGCUGCUGCCCCAAUUCUCGUGGGAGCUUCUGCUUUGUAUCCUGUGGUUGGUCCUUUUUGGGCUCUUUGGGAAGAUGUAUAUUGGUGUUUAUCCUGCUGGAGAGGAUACAGGUUCGGGAUCGGGUUCGAACUCGACUUCGUCUUCUACUUCCAACUCCAACUCGACUUCUUCGGUGUCGGGUUCGAAUUCGAAUUCAAAUAAUACUCUCUCGAGUAUUGUUAUCAAGAGAGAUACUGCUUCGGGACUGGGUGAUGCUGCUAAGAUUGAUCGCAUGCGCCAUGCUGUCUGGGUGGAUCUGCUAAAUCUGGUCUUUUGGUGCCUCACUGCCUCGUGGAUUCUGCUACGGUAUCUGAAGGCUCGACGGGCGGCGAAGACCGCUUGGAAUGAGUCUGGUCAGGCUGAGAAGGGCGAUGCGGCUUCUGGCUGA